AGACUUAUUUUAUGCGGGCAGCAAAUUCCGCCGGCCCUCCAUAAAACACAUUUUAUUUCUGGGGGUUUGUUACCAAACUCCAGGCAUUCCUACAAAAUGGUAUUUCCUAGGUCGAGUUCAGGGAUAAUGGUUCAAGCCCGCUGAGUCACGAUUAAAUGUAAAUCUAAUUUAAAACCUUAUUGCUAGAGCAGUAAAACACUCAUUUCUAAGAUUCAAUUUCGACAUUCCAAGUAUUUUUUGCAAAUUGAUUCUUAAUGCCUUUCGCAUAAAGUACAUAAUACCACAAGACUGAAAAGGUGAAAAAAUUAUCCCUCUCGUGAAGUUCAAGCCGCGCGCCCUCACGCAUGCGUCGACUUCACUCCCUUGACAUCUAGUGAUGUUCGUACUCAAAUAAAUCGAUUCAUAGAUUUAUUUGUAAUGAAUAGUUUGGAAAUCUUAUAAAGAGGACAUUAUUAUUUAGGUAUUGGAAAACGAUAACAAACAAAAUAGGUCUAACCAAUUUCUCUUGAAAUAAAGGUUAAACCUAUUCUGUAAAAACUGGCUAUCUGAUUUAGCUAGAAAUUAUCUUUCGAUAUGACAUUUCGUAAAGAAAAGCAGUAAAUUGUUUUUGAGCGCGUUACAGCAAAAAGAGCAAUUCCAAAGAAACAGCUUAAUAUUAAUCCCUGCUUAGCUGCACGCAGCAUCGAUUGUCGAUAACGUUCCGUAGCACACAUCACUGCGCCCGCUCUCCUCCCCUCAGAGCGGCCGCGCGCUACAUCAUUCGAGCGAGAGCGCCCUCCACGCCUGUCAAUAAAAAUUGGAGAUUUUAUUCCCAGCCAGCCAGGAUAAACCUGGAAUUUUCAGCUAACGGCUGGACUUCGCAGCCUAGAAUCUCUCAAGCUAGCGAUGAGCUGGUGGAAGGAACCCGAUAUGGGAGUACCCGCGGGGGAGCGGGAGGGGUGCGCGGCGGCGCGCAUGUGGCGUGCUGCGUGCGGCACGCUGCGCGCGCCCGACGCCGACGACGCCUGGAAGCAGAUCGUGGACACAUCGCCCUCGGAUGCCUUGUGGCACUCCAUCAGGAACUGUGUGGCGUAUCAGGCGGGUAUCUGGCAGAAAUUAAUAUCGAAAGGCAUUGAAGAUGUGGUUCAGCCUGCAGCAUUCAAGCUGGCUAUAGUAUUGCGUCACACGCCGUCAGAAGUCACGGUCAAGCUGCUCACAGAAUUGCUACGAUCACAUCCACAGUCGCAAGAUUUGACAUCCUACGUCCUUGCCUUACUGACAGACGACGAAGCUCAAUGGUGUGGAAGCUGUGGUGAAGGUGAAUCAGGCGGCGGCUCACCGACGGCGCCUCCGGGACCGGCGCCUCUGAGGGACCUCCAACUAUUCGGGGACUGUGAACUGGCUGUCCUAGCUGCUUCUAAGGAGGAAUAUGAUGCCCACGCUAAACUUGUGAGGGCGGAAUACUCCAAGCUCACCCAGGAACAUUAUGUGGAACUAAGGAUCAAAGUGCUCAACCAAUUCAAUCAAAUUCCAAAACUAUUUCACACACCAGAGUUUGAAGAUUUAGAAUCGGCUGCAAGAGAAAACAUCGAACGGGAAAUUAGCACAUUGAGGGAACACCUCUCGGCCGCUAGAAAAGACUAAACUUUUUACUGUUGUGAUAAAAAAGAGCUGUUUGCUAUGGGUACACAAGUUAUGUAUGUCGUGUGAAUGUCACAGUUUACCAGUUAAAAUGGCAAUUUAACUUAUUUCAUUUAAAUAAUUUAACCAACUAUUCACCAAAAAAUUGUUCCUACAGCUAUUUCUGCUAAUAUUCAUGUUUUAAAUUAGGCAACUAUGCGAUUGAUUUGAUCAAUUUCCUGAUGAAUUGGCUUACCGAGAUUCUGUAGAAUCUGUUAUCUAUAUUCUUUAAAAGAAGUGUGAUUGACUAAUAAAACUGGUAGCCAGUGACAUUACUGUGAGGUGUCAUCAAUAGAAGGCUAAAUUCGAUCUGAUGUAUGUAUCUUUAAACAGUACACUGCAAGAUAUAAACAAGGCAAGUGGUGCCGUCUUCCGUGCAUGACCACAUUAUUUAAAGUAGGUGAAAUAAAUGUAGUGUCUCAUCUGAUAAUAAAAUUUGUUCUUUGCCGGGCUAGUGUUGUCAGAAGAUGACAUUGAAAUAAAGUUAUAAAGAGUCGAUUGAACAUUUAAUAAUUCACUUUAGUCGAAUACUGUUACGACGCUCAAAAUUAAGUCUGUUUAGUUAUUAUUAUAAAAAGUCAGUACCAUAGUAAUAAGACUAUUGUCUUGUCACCUGACGUUAACACUAACUCUAUCUGUUCAUAUAAAUAGGUAUGAUUCUGUAAAAUAAUUUCAGAUGAUUUUAUAACAAUUGUAAUGUGAUGAGAGAUGUUCGAUGGAAAAAAGUGUUCAAUCUAAUCAUGGGAAACAAAAAUUGAUUGUGUUCAUUUUAAUAUCGUUUCAGUAUUCGGCUUUCUACACGACAUAAAUAAAAAUAUUAAUAUAAUUCGCAAGUAGUUAGUAAACUAGCGUCACACGCAAACGCAACACUUUGAAAAUGUACGAGAUGACGUAAUAAAAGCAGUUUUUUGUUUUAGUAGUAAUCAGGAAUAAUUUUAUUUAUGUUACCCAACAGAUUUGCUUAUUUAUGCUGACAUUUCAGUUUUGAACUAAAUGUACUUUAGGUUAGGAUAAUAAGCUUAAAAAGUAAUGACUUGGUCAUAAUUUGAAUAAUUUAGCAAGCGUUUU